AUGAAGGUGGUGACUCCGUAUGAAGGUGGCUAUUAUCAUGGAAAACUAGUUUUUCCCAGAGAAUUUCCUUUUAAACCUCCUAGUAUUUAUAUGAUCACGCCCAAUGGAAGAUUUAAGUGCAAUACGAGGCUGUGUCUUUCCAUCACGGAUUUCCACCCAGACACGUGGAACCCGGCCUGGUCCGUCUCCACCAUCCUGACGGGGCUCCUUAGCUUCAUGGUGGAGAAGGGCUCCACCCUGGGCAGCAUAGAGACAUCGGACUUCACGAAAAGACAACUGGCUGCACAAAGUUUAGCAUUUAAUUUGAAAGACAAAGUCUUUUGUGAAUUAUUCCCUGAAGUCGUGGAGGAAAUUAAACAGAAACAGAAAGCCCAAGAUGAACUCAGUAGCCGACCCCAGGCUCUCCCCUUACCAGAUGUGGUUCCAGAUGGGGAAACACACCAUGGUCAGAACGGGCUUCAGCUCCUCAAUGGGCACGCGCCAGGGGCUGGGCCACACCUCGCGGGGCUCCAGCAGGCCAACCGGCACCAUGGACUCCUGGGCGGUGCCCUGGCGAACUUGUUUUUUAUAGUUGGGUUUGCGGCUUUUGCCUACACGGUCAAGUACGUGCUGAGAAGCAUAGCGCAGGAGUGAGCCGCGUGCCACGGCUGGCAGAAGUGGUCAAAAACGAGGGACACUGGGCCCGAGCUUGCCACGGGCUGGCUGGACGUGUCGCCGAGCGCAGGGUGGACCUGCCUGACUCCUGGGGUAGCUUUUUAAAAACCUUGAAAAGGAAAACAAAAACCAAAGUGUGUAAUUUGGAUUUAGAGGAGAUGCAAGAUUCUCAGCUCCCUGUCCUCACUCUGGGGUCUGUUGGGGACCAUGGAGCUUGGGUGCCGAGGAGGAGGGGCCUCAUGCUUUGGUUUUAUAGCUUAUCUCCUGUAUCGUCUUUUGGACCUGUUUUAGUAAACCUGUUUUUCAUUUUA